AUGGACUCGAUGCGAGGCACGACGUUCGAGCAGGACAUACGGUUCGCCGACAAGGACAAGCAGCUCCUCAAGACGAUGAAGUUCCCUGCCGAGUUUGCUCAGAGAGUCGACAUGCGCAAGGUGGAGAUGAGUGUCAUGCGACCGUGGAUUGCCAGGCGAGUGACAGAGCUGCUUGGCAUGGAAGACGAGGUCGUCAUCGAGUACGUCAACGGUUUGCUCGAGGACAAGGCAGCUCCUCUCGUUGAUCCGAAGAAGAUGCAGAUCUCUCUGACCGGCUUCCUCGAACGCAAGACGGCUCCCUUCAUGAUCGAGCUGUGGAAUCUCCUCCUGUCUGCUCAAGCCUCACCUGUCAAAGUGCCUGCUCAGUUCAUCGAGGAGAAGAAGCGAGAGAUGCUGCAGCGCAAGACUCAGUCUGACCAGGAUGCCUCUCAACGUGUGGCCAAUGGCGCACAGCCUGGUCCCACUGGGCCUCGAGAUGCUCCACCCCGUCGACAAUUAGACGAGAUCAGAGCGCGCGAGAUGGCAGACAGGCAGGCUCAAAGAAAUUUCCAAGGCAGCGAUAGAGGCUUCUACGGACGAGGGCGUGGUCGAGGAGGUUUCCAGCCACCGCCUGGACGAGACUCGGGCUACGGAUCAAGAGGACCGCCCCCUCGAAUGCCGUCGCCGCCGCCGCCGCCUAGACGCGAUAACCGCCCUCGCUACUAUGAGCCACCAUCGCGCGAUACUGACCGUCGACCUAGGUCUCGCUCUCGCACACCUCUUCGCCGUGGUCGAGAUUCGCGCAGCCCCGUCAGAUCGCUCUCGCCACGUCCAAGGCAGAGAAGGCGGCGCGAUUCUUACUCACCCUCGCCUCCGCCCAGUCCAGCUCGUAGACGUGUCGGUUCCUAUUCGCCUUCACCGCCGCCCAGAUCGUCUCGACGACCAGACUCGCGAUCGCUCUCCCCGUCGCCGAGAGGAAGGCGUCGAGCCGAUUCGUACUCGCCUGCUCCUCCGCCGAGGGAAAGGCGACGAGCCGACUCGUACUCGCCAUCGCCACCGCCUCGAUCACCUUCGCCUCGCAGAUCGCAAAGAGAUCUUUCUGAAGAACGUCGGCCUCGUCGAGAGGCUUCGUUAGAUCGCAGGGGCUCACGCAGGGCGCGCUCGCCAUCGUCCCAGUAUGAGACAGGCCAUGACUCGCUGGCCAGAAGGAGUACGCGAAGACGAGCAGACUCGCCUCCCAGACGACGUCGCUACGACUCUCGUUCGCCGCCCCCGAGAGAGCGCGCGGCCGAGAGAUCUCGCCGCAGACCGUCUUACUCGCGUUCGCCCUCGCCUCGAUCCUCCCGCGCGAGGAGUGGAUCAGUCCAUUCGGCAAGUCCCCCUAGAGCGGAGAACAGCAGUACUCGUGAACCUUUGCUCAAUAAUGCUUCCGAGACCAGGCCAAAGCAGAUCUCGAUCAAAGGUAGCGCGAAAGCUGUCGAGCCUAUCGUUCGGCCGAGCAUGUCGCCCGAGACGACCCCCGCAGAGCGAGAAUUGCGACUCAAGGAGGACUUGCUCAAGCAAAAGCUGACACGCAGCAAGUCUGCUACGCCUGGCAAGCCAGCGCCUCUCUAG